UAUAUAAUAUAACAUUUCCUAGCAAUUUAAUUUUAGACUAACAAAAUUUUCAAUUUAUUUUCAAGCCGCCACGUAAGCAAAAUUAGCGUUAUAAUCAUGUGACAACUCGGUAUGACAUUUUUUAAUUAGUACAAAUUACGUGUUAUAACUUUUUAAAUGUUUCUUUAUUAAUAAAUAGGAGAUUAUUUCAUUGUAUUCGCAAGGAAAAAGAAUUACAAUGGAAAAAGCGGAGUAUACGAUUUCAUCACACAAUUAAUUGCAUGUUGGUCAAACAAACUAGUAAACUUUCCCAAUAUUUGAUAUCUUAUAGUCAAUCUUUCUAAACUUAUCUUUUCUUUUGUUUGACCGAUGACUAGUACUAGAACUCAUUUCACUGCUAUUUAUCUACCCGAAUCAAAGGUCUCUUCAGCUCUUACACAAUCCAAACCUACAAAAUCAAUUAUUUUUUAAUCUUGUCAAAAAAUGAAACCCCAACAAAUCAAAGUCAUGUUUUUCUUGUUAGCUGUAAUCUCAGCCUUAAUCGUCCAAAUAUUGGGAGUCCAAAAUGUUCAGCCGAAUACGACGUUAUUAUGUCCCAAGAAAACGGCUUUAGAUACAGUGGCUGGAUGUUUCGAGGCUGUGAAAUUAGCAUCUGGUAAUGAUACCAGAUUGCUAACAAGAGAGUGUUGCCAAGCAGUGAAAGCACUUCCUGAAUGCCUCUUGAUUGUCUAUCCUACCAGAGCUUUAAAUACAUUAAUCUUUAAAGCCAUAUGUGUUAAAAAGUUCCCUGGAUCUACUUUAUAAUCUUUGUGUUAUCUUUUUAACGAGAUAUUAAAUAAUUAGUAAAAUAUAAUUUAUAAUUCUAUGAAGAGAAUCUUACUCCUUCCGUUUCUCCCUCCGUUUCUUAUUGUACGUAGUUAAAGAAAAAAAAUUUUGUUUCAAAAUAUAAGUAGUUUUUAAAUAUUUAGAUAACUUUUACAUUUAUUGGAUAUAGUGUAACCAAUAAAAUAAUAUCAAUGUUUUAUAUAAUUGGUUGAACUAAUUAAUUAAAUAUUUUUUUUUUAAAUACUAAUUUUUUUAAUAUUAGUGUUUUUAAUCUAAACUAGUUAUAUUGUCAAACGGAGGGAGUAUCAUUUUACAAAUCCCAAACAAUCAUCGGGCUUGAUGAAUGUUUCAUUGUCCUUUCGCUUUCUUCGAGGACCAUGUUCAUGAUCUUAUUAUACUCCGAAUUCUCCGAAACUCUCAUGAUCUAUAAGCAAUAUUCCGAAUUCUUACAAAAACAAUAAUUAGCAGAGGAAAAAAAUAAUUCCCCAUUUAUGGUUUUGGAUGCCUUAAGUCUGUAAUCAUUGCUUUGUUUCUAGUAAUUUACUGUCGACCGUGUAAGUUAUUAUCAAGAUUUUUUUUCAUCUCUUUACUGUAAAAUAUUUUUGUGAAUAGAUGUGAUCGUAUAAUGAAUUUGAUAUUCAUGGGUCUAAAUGGAAAGGUAUGUGAAAAUUAGGGGUAGAUAUGUCGGCUUUUUUUUUGGUUUCUUUAAUCUUCAAUGUACUAUAUACUGAUUUUUAUGUGUUUGAAUCAGUGUUUUUAAAACCGGACCGGAAGCUGAACCGGAAAUAUUUUUGGUCACGGUUCAAUAUGGUUCGACCGGAUCAAAUCUGGUUCAAUAAUAUGGUUUAAUAUUUUUUUUAGUAUGUAAAUAUAAAAGUAAUAUUAGUAAACAUGAUGUAUAGUUAAAAUAUAAAUCAAUUUUGAACAUAAAAUAUUAUAAAUAUAAAUUAGUUUCUUGUUUAUAUGGAUGAUUUAUAGAUUUUCGAUAUUUUUAGUGGUUUUUAUUGGUUUAAUAACUUUGAAAUAUAAUCCGGCUAUGUGGUCGAACCAAUUACUAGACCAGCCUGGCUAUAUAACCGGUUCACGGUCGAACCAGGUCCAACAAUCGGGUCGGUCCGGUUUUAAAAACACUGGUUUGAAUUAAAUUUGGUUUGUUAAAUCAAAAUCCCCAGUGACGCCUUAUUGGCUAAAGUGGCUGGGUGAUUGAUCUCGAACUCCUCUUCCAUACUAGGCCAGAUUCUGUUUGGAAAAUACUGUCAUACCAAGCAGUUUUUGGAAGCCAAAGCGCCAAAAUCAGACACGGAUGGCACCGAAUUUUAGCGGGGCAAAAAAUGCUUCAGAAGGUCUAGGAUGGACAUUUGGUUCGGUUGCAGACAUCAAAUUGGCAGGAAAUGCUCCCAGCUUAAGCAACAUGGCUGAGUGGCAGCAGGGCCGGCUAAGUGGGAAUAACAAACAGUGGACCCGGGCCCACCUAAAACCCAAUAAAUUUUAAUAACAUAAAAGACCCAUAUAUAUAUAUAUAUAUAUAUAUAUAUAUUCUUUUUUUCUUUUUAUAACAAGUGCCUAGAUUUUUUUUUCUGAUACUUAGCGUCUGUGUUCGAAAACGCGCCGCGUUAACCGAGUUCUCGGCCGGACAGGUGCUGCUCGUGUGGCCACCGUAGCGAAAAGGGUCUGAUCGGGGUGACCAGGCGGUGACCCGACCCGACGUUUCUCCGAGUUCAACGUAGAACUGAAGAAAUCAGCGCACAAAAUCUCUAUUCCAAACUGUUUGAAUCUAAUAAUAUUGACCCCAGAUCUCCAAAAUCGAAAUUAAUUGACUAAUUUACGCUGUAAACAUCAAGAAAAGUAAAAAAAAAAUGAAAGACAAUCUGUAU